AUGAUCUCGCGAAUUGCUCGUCCAGCCGCUCGCAUGGCUUCUCAGCAGACCAAGAAAGAGCUGACUUUAACCAAGCCCAUGAAAAUCGCUCUAGGCACCACUCUCGCCCUCCUUGCAGUUGAGUACAACUUUCUCGUCGGCAAUCUUACUCCUGGUUGCAACUCGAUGGCUUUUGUACCCAGGAAUUGCAUCAAAGGAAAUUACUAA